AUGGAAAACAAAACUUUCAAUGCAGAUAUCAUCUUCAUCGAGGGGUUAAAGGUCAGCCCAAAGUCCUCUGCUUCUGCAUUUAUUCUCCUCCUCCUCAUCUACAUCUUCAUCAUGGUGUCGAACAUUGGCCUUGUUGUCCUGAUCUCCAUGGAGAGGAGCCUCCAGGAGCCCAUGUAUCUGCUCUUCUGCAACAUGAGUAUUAAUGAUGUGUUUGGGGCAACAACCAUUAUUCCUCGCCUGCUCAGUAAUAUUUUCUCUCCGAUCACAGACCGCUACAUCUACUACAUGGACUGUGUGGUUCAGGCUUUUUCUUCUCACUUUCAUGCCGGCACGUCUCACGCGGUGCUCGUGAUCAUGGCUUUUGAUCGUUAUGUGGCCAUCUGCAACCCCCUGCGAUACGCCACCAUCAUGACCAACAGGAUGGUGUUGAAGCUGUCAGCGGGGGCCUGGCUGGUGGCGUUCAUUUUGGUCGCCAUCCUCAUAGGUCUUACAAUCCGUCUGACUCGUUGCAGAAGGAUCAUAAUAAACCCGUUUUGUGAUAACGCCUCUUUGUUCAAACUCUCCUGUCAGAAUCUCCUAAUCAAUCACAUCUACGGCCUGGGCAGCGCCGUGGUCAUCCUGGGCUCCUCCAUCGGCAGCAUCGCGCUGACUUACCUGAGGAUCGCCAUGGUGUGUUUGAGCAGUAAGAACAAGGUGCUGAACAGCAGGGCGCUGCGAACCUGCACCACACACCUGGCUGUUUACAUCAUCAUGUUGGUGGCCUCUUUCACCCCCAUGAUCAUGCACCGCCGCCCUGAGUGGGCAGACAGCGGGAAAGUGUCAUCGGUCUUGUUCCACGUAAUCCCCCCCGCCCUCAACCCGCUCAUCUAUGGGCUGCAGUGCAAAGAGCUCAGACACAAGAUCAUCGGCUUGUUUCGUAAGAAUAAAGUCACGGACGUUAAAUCUAACAUGCACGUACAAAGUUAUCAUGAAUAA